UGUUCCAAUCCCCUCCAUAUCAUGUGAUUCAGGUGUUCCCAUCCCCUCCAUAUCAUGUGAUUCAGGUGUUCCAAUCCCCUCCAUGGACACAGGUGUAUACAAUCAACCCCUAGGCAUGCAGACGGCUUCUACAAACAUUGGUGAAAGAAUGGGUCGCUCUCAGGAGCUCAGUGACUCCAAGCGUGGUCCCGUGAUAGGUGGCCACCUGUGCAAUAAGUCCAUCCGUGACAUUUCCUGGCUACUAAAUAUUCCACGCUCAACUGUUAGUGGGAUUAUAACAAAGUGGAAGCAACUGGGAACAACAGCCACUCAGCCACCAAGUGGUAGGCCACGUCACAUGACAGGGCGGGGUCAGCACGUGCUGAAGCGCACAGUGCGCAGAAGUCGCCAACUGUCUGCAGAGUCAAUAGCUAAAGACCUCCAAACUUGGUGUGGCCUUCAGAUGAGCCCAACAACAGUGCGUAGAGAGCUUCAUGGAAUGGGUUUCCAUGGCCGAGCAGCUGCAUCCAAG